GUGUGGGGAGGGCUGCGUCCGGGAGCGACCGGAUGUUAGGAUUUGAAUUGUGUGGUAAAUUCGAACACAGAGUUGGAAGGAGAAGGGAACGUAUAGUAUACUGGGGAAGAGGGAGCUACCGGCCCGGGGGACCGGCUUCCAGCACUGUACAGUCCCACAAUGAGCCAGCAUAGGACUCCAUCCAAGGACCUGCCACUGUACAGUCCCACAAUGAGCCAGCAUAGGACUCCAUCCAAGGACCUGCCCUGCAUGCUUUGUGGAAGAACUGAAAACUGCAUAGAGAAAUAUGGCGAGAAGAAGACCUACGCAGAGCAUAACUUGACUUUGCACUAUCACUGUUUGUUGCUUUCCAGUGGUAUUUGGCAGCGGGGUGAAGAGCAUGAAGGCAUACAUGGCUUCUUGGUUAGUGACAUUAAGAAAGAGCUGAAUAGAGCCAAGAGACUGAGGUGUCGUAUUUGUAAAUUGGCAGGAGCUUCCAUUGGCUGUGUGAUUUCUCGGUGUAAACGCAGCUACCACUAUCCUUGUGGCCUGGAAAAGCAGUGUGUAUUCCAGUUUAUGGAUAGCUUCAGGUCAUACUGCUGGGAACAUCGACCGGUGCAAACAUUUCCACGAAGUGAACCAAAUGAAUCUUCAGUCUGCACAAUUUGCUUGGAACCAGUGAACCAUGUUCCUUCUUACCAUGUCUUACGAGGACCUUGUUGCAAAACAUCAUGGUUUCAUAGAGAAUGUCUGCAGUACCAAGCACUUAGUGCUGGAUUAUUUUUCUUCCGCUGCACAGUAUGCAACAACAAGGAUCUGUUUCAAGAAGAGAUGCUACAUAUGGGAAUCCAUAUUCCAGAAAGAGAUGCCUCGUGGGAAUUGGAGGAAAACGCUUUUCAAGAGCUUUUGGUCAGAUACGAGCGCUGUGAUGUUAAAAAGUGUGUGUGCCGAUUUGGCCGGGAAUAUAAUGAACCAGAUAGCAAAUGGGAGAUUCUGCGCUGCCAGUGCUGUGGAUCCUGUGGUACACAUAUGGCUUGCUCCUCGAUAGAACACAUGAACCAGACAUGGGAAUGCUCAGACUGUCACAUUGUCCGCUGCACACCAGUAAAACGACCACACCCCUCCUCCCAUAAUGCAUCUGAUAAUGCAGAAACUGGGGUUGCACAGCCUUCACCAAAAUGCCCCAGGCGAUCAAAAACGCCCAGGAGAAUUAUUUUAAAACAAAUUCAAAUGGAAAACAGGCAAAUAUUUGACAUUCUGCAGGAAUUGAGAUCUCAGAUCAUGAACUCCGUGUGUAUGAUAAAAGUGAAUACGACGUCCCUUUGGAAAAGUUCCAUUUGCUGCUUCCUUAAAAGCACCUUUUCUCCAUGUAGCACCCUACAUGUAUCCAUCACAGAUGACAAUAAAAAUGAAAGCCAGCAAGCAGACAUGUCCCUUUCUCAGUAUUUCAAAAAUGUGCUCAACGACAUUGAGAACUCUGAUGUUUUUGAGGGAUCUGAACGGAAGAAUCUUUCUUUAAAUCCAGAUGCUCUGCACGAUAACCUGUACUACGAAGCUGGUAGGAUGCUGGCGAUUGCUUUAGUACAUGGAGGGCCAGCUCCAGGAUUUCUUUCCCAAACACUCUUUUCUUGCCUGAUCUAUGAUUCCCAGCAUGUUCAGCCAGUGUUAGAGGAUGUAGCAGAUCGUAAUAUCUUGGAAACAAUACUAACGAUUCAGUCUUGCCAGAGGAUUAAUGAGUUAAAGGCAGCUAUUGUCCAUUACUACGAUUACCUGCAGAAGACUAAUACAUUGCGCCUUGUACAGAAUGUAAGUGAUAAAGUUCCCCUGGUGAAAAACAUGCUAACGUACCAUGUCAUUCGCAGAGUGCAGGAACCACUUGAAAGCUUUAAACAGGGUUUACAGACACUAGGUGUACUUGAGAAGAUCCAAGCUUAUCCAUCCGCCUUUUGGAGUGUCCUUUGCAUGAAGCCUGAAAGGCUAACUGCCAAAGCUUUGGCCGAAUUAUUCACUGUUACUCAUUAUGCAGACCCAGCCAACAUUCAGAAGUAUAAUUCUGUCAACCUUUGGAAGGAGUAUCUUCAAGACACAGAAGAUGGAGUCACCUCUGUUUCACUGGAAAGCAUUCUGAGUUUUGCAACGGGUUUGGACCACAUACCUCCAGCUGGUUUUCAUCCACAACCAUCCAUUCUGUUUCAUUACAAACCUAUUAUUCCCACAGCAUGGAAAAACAAGAAUUGUAUUGAAGUUCCAGGAAAGAAUGCCUACCGCGCGUUCAGAAAAAGCAUGGACAAGGCCAUCUGUGAUGCACUGUGCAAAACAUAGCAUUCUUAUAUAUUUGUUGUGUUUCUUGCUGCUGUGUCAUACCUCUCAGACCUGGUGGUGGAGGGUACAUGUGGCUCAUAACAAUGACUUUAGAAGUGAUUGGCCACAAUUUAAUACAUAUAUUUGUGUAUAUGUAUGUGCAAUCCCUCCAUGGGGAUGUGAGGACACUGCACUUCCUUGUUAAUCCUUUUUUCUUUUCUAAUUGAGAACUGAUUUUAAGGGUUACCUAAAUAGUUCAGACCUAUUGUCUUAGGUGCAUAUUUGGUGCUUUUUGUUUCCAGAAGUGUAUGUUGUAGUAUUCUGUAAUUUUUUUAUUUAAAAAAAAAAAAUGUUUUUAGAAGAGUAAUAUUCCACUCUUUUAUGAUAGACAGUAAGCAUAGGAAAAAAAAUCCUGAUCAAUAUAAAUAGGCAUUAGGUUUCUGGGGAAUAGACUGCUAAUUGUGACUUUGCUGCCAAAUAAUCAAGCUGCUAAAACAGCCACUGGGCAUGAGAAUAAAGAACUUCAACUUUUCCAUUUU